AUGGGGUGUUUGAACCAGUUUAGUCUUGGACUGCUCUGCUUAAUGGCUGCUUUAGUUGCCUCUUACAAUCCUUGGGAUUUUUCUGGAAGAAACUCAGCUUUCAGGAAUUUCCCUACUGCACCUUCACCGGAGAGGCAGCCUGUGGGUUCUUUUCUCGGGUCUCGGUAUGAUUCUUGGUCUUUGGUGGACCUCUAUGAGCCUAGAGCUUUGUCAACCCUGACUCCUGUUUCGGUGCAGUGUGGGGAAGCUCAAGUGGUUGUUGCUGUGAAAAGGGACCUGUUUGGAACCGGGAGGCUGAUCCAGGCUGCAGACCUGAGCUUGGGUUCCUCCGGCUGCAAACACACCUCCCUCAACGCUGCUGAGAACACGGUGAUCUUUGAAGCUGGUCUCCAUGAAUGUGGCAGCACCGUGCAGAUGACUCCAGACUCCCUGAUUUACAGCCUCCGUCUCUACUAUAAACCCACCCCUGGAAGCAACCCGGUUAUCAUCCGAACCAGUCCUGUCGAAGUCCCUAUUGAGUGCCAUUAUCCAAGGAAGGACAAUGUAAGCAGCAAAGCCAUCAAGCCAACGUGGGUUCCCUUCAGCUCUACGCUAUCUGCAGAAGCGAAGCUGGUCUUCUCCUUGCGUCUGAUGAAUGAUGACUGGAGUGCUGAGAGAACCUCAAAGAGGUACCAACUAGGAGAUGCCAUGAACAUUCAGGCUGAUGUGAACGCCGUCAACCACGUGGCUUUGAGGCUCUUCAUUGACAACUGUGUGGCCACCCUGAGUCCCGAUAGAAACUCGUCUCCCCGAUAUUCAAUUAUUGACUUCCACGGGUGCCUGGUGGAUGGGAAAUCGGAGGACUCCAGUUCGGCCUUUGUCUCUCCAAGGAUCAGACCGGAUUCUCUCCAGUUCACAGUUGAUGCCUUCAGGUUUGCCCAGGAACAGAAAGACAUGAUUUACAUCUCUUGCCACCUGAAAGUUAUAGCAAGCGAGCAGUCCCCAGAUGCACUGAACAAGGCAUGCUCCUUCGACAAAGCCCGGAGUAGUUGGUCGGCACUUGAAGGCACUGAUGGCCUCUGCCGCUGCUGUGAGACGGAAAACUGUGGGACAAACGCUGGCCCGUCCCCAAGAACUAAUUCUUGGUGGAGAAGGCCAGGGGGCCGCUUCCGGAGAGACCCUCCUUCCACACAUGGGAAGUCUUUCGUGGGCAGAGCAGAGGCUGAUGUUUCGGUGGGGCCCCUUCUCCUGGAGGCGCUCAAGACUUCCACAUAUGUUGAAGAGGAAAGGAAGUCACAGAUGAAGUCCCAAGACAUUCAUGAGAAGUCCGUGCUUAUCAUGAUGGGACUGACAGUCAUGACGGCUCUCCUGGCUUUGGCCUCGGUGGUUAUGGGGUUUCUUCUCGCCUGCACGAAAAGCAGACGCUGCAGUGCCUGA